CUCCGAAUUUGCCAUGAUCGCGUCUUGGAUAUCUACACUUCCUCACAAAGAAAUUUUCAUCCCCCUCCCUCAUUCAUCAUGUCCGCAGUCCGCCGCCGCGUCCGAGGCGUGUGCGAGGCCGCGGGCCGUUUAGUGUCUGAUAUUUCUCACUCCCGCGUCAGCGCGAGCUUACUGCGUCGUCGGGUUCGCCUCAGUCCGCGCAUAUCCGUCCCUCUCGUGCUCGUCAUCGCCCUGCCUUUCCUCCUCAUCACUUUCGCCCUCCUGCCUGGCUGGCGGCCAACAAAUAACUCGGCCAACUCGGGCUUUCUCGAAGUCAACCGGCUGCCCAGCAUAAGGGCCAUCAACGACACCAUAGACCCUCCCUUCGCUGUUGGCUGCAGAGUCCCGGAUGUAGACAAGCCUCGUGCCAACGCGGUCCUUGUUAUCCUAGCCCGGAACAAGGAACUUCCUGGUGUUCUAGACUCAAUGCGUUCGAUGGAGCGGCACUUCAAUCGCUGGUACCAUUACCCUUAUCUUUUCCUCAACGACGGCGACUUCAAUUCCACCUUCCGUGAGGGCGUCCAGAAUGUCACAGAGUCUGUCAUCGAGUUUGGCCAAAUCUCUCCUGACCUAUGGGAGUUUCCCGACUGGGCCGACCAGGAAGAAAUCGCGGAAGGCAUCGCUCUCCAAGGCGACCGCGCAAUCAUGUACGGUGGGAUGGCUUCCUAUCACCACAUGUGCCGAUUCUACUCUGGAAAGUUUUACAAGCAUCCUAUGCUGGCAAAGUACGAAUGGUACUGGCGAGUCGAGCCCGAUGUCAAGUACUUCUGCGACAUUACAUACGACCCUUUCGUUUACAUGCAGGAGCACGGCAAGGUCUACGGCUUCACCAUCGUCAUCAAGGAACUCAUCGACACCAUUCCAAAUCUUUUCCGGUACGCCGCUGGUUUUAGGCGCUCCAGAAAUAUCACGUCCAAAGGAAUGUGGGAAGUUUUCUUGACCGACGAAGAGAAAGAAAAGGCCGAGAAGAAGGAGAAGGAAAACGCCAAAAAGAAGCCCUACGACCACGAAUACCGGCUGCGCGACCCUCCAGAUAUCGACCCCGAGAGCAUGAAUGGCGAAAAGUAUAACCUCUGCCAUUUCUGGAGUAACUUUGAGAUUGCCAAACUCGACUUUUUCAGAAGUAAAGAGUACGAAGACUUCUUCCAAUACCUCGACCGGAGUGGCGGUUUCUGGAACGAGCGGUGGGGUGAUGCUCCCGUCCAUUCUCUUGCUGCUGGUAUCUUCCUCGCACCCGAACAAGUUCAUUAUUUCCGCGACAUUGGCUAUCGUCAUACUACAAUCCAGCACUGCCCCGGAAACGCCCCCAAGAAACAACUCCCGCGAACGCCUUACGUCCGGGACCCGCACAGCAAGAGAGACCGAGAAGAAGAUCGCUACUGGGACUCUUGGGAUGUCGAGCGUGAGAAUGGUGUUGGAUGCCGUUGCAAAUGCGACACAGAUAUCGUCGAUGUCGAAGGAAAGGAGGGAAGUUGUCUGCCUUCGUGGGUUGAUGCUGUUGGUGGUUGGGCAGAUUAAUCUUCAUCAUUUCACCAUUUUUCUCCUUACGUCAUGCUCUUACUCUCACCUGCCAUCUUUUGCUCAUGCUCCCAUUGCCAUCCAGCAAUCAAGAACCGAUUUUUUUGGAGAGUGGAUAAAUCAUUCUGCCAUUAUGCAUCUCUGACUUUGCCUCCUUGACUUAACGAAUUAAUUCGCAUGGUUUGAAGAUUUUCUUAUAGACCGUUUUUGCUUGUUCUUAAUAAUCGCUCGUCUGCCUCUUGGGCUUCUUGUUUGUUAAAUAGCCCGUCUUGUAUUCCUAAUGUCCGUUUAUCACUGUUAUUUGCCGACUUAAAUGCGUUUCUUCGGCUGUAUAGUUGUCUGUUUA